AUGAGGGCGAGAGGCCGGGACGAGACCAAAGCCCGCGGCGGCAGCAGUAGGCCCCGUCGCCUCCUGUCAGACACCAACACACAGAGGCCUUACGUCACUUCCGGGCACCCAAACCCGCGGCUCUGGAGCGUUGCCUUCCCAACGGCCAUUUCGCAGCUGCUGCUCCGCCCCCGGCGGGGCCCCGAGCCCGGCCCGGCGCUGCCCGCGCUGUCGGGGCCCGGCGGCGAGGAGGGGCCGGAGCCGGGGCCGGGCGAGCUGCCGCUGGCCGAGCUGGUGCGGGGCCUGCGCGGGGCCAGCCCGGCGCUGCGCGGGGAGGCGCUGCGGGACCUGCGCCGCCGCCUCCUCCUCGCCCGCCCGGGGCCCGGCGCCCGGGCGCUGCGGGCGCUGGUGGAGCACGGGCUGGAGAGCGCCGAGCCCGCGCUGCGCACCGCCACCGCGCUGCUGCUGCCCGCGCUGCUCGGGCCGCCGCUGCCCCGCGGCCUGGACCUGGGCGAGCUCACCCUCAGCCUGGCCCGGAAGCUGGGCGCGCCGGCCCGGCCCGGGGGCGGCCCGGGGGAGGAGGCGGCCGCCGCCUUCAGCAGCCUCCGGCAGCUGGGCGAGAGCCUGGGGAGCGAGCGCUUCCACGGCUACCUGGGCCGCCUGCCCGCCGCCCUGCGCGGCCACUACCACCGCCUGCUGGAGGCCCGGCUCGGCGAGGACCUGGGCGGCGGCGGCGGCGGCGGGGACACCUCGGGGCCCCGGCCCACGGAGCAGGAUCCCCUGAGCACCGACCUCAAGUUCGGGCUGAUCCCUCAGGAGCUGCACGGCCGCCUGCUGGACCAGGAGGAUUACAAGAACCGCACCCAGGCUGUGGAGGAGCUCAAGCAGGUGCUGAGAGAUGCCUCCCCUGCCUGCCUGGCCUCCACGCCCGCCCCCAGCCUGCUGGGGCUCAUCAGCUUCCUCUACACCCUUCUGGAUGACUCCAACUUCAAGGUGGUGCAUGGCACCUUGGAGGUGCUGCACCUGCUGGCCCUGCGCCUGGGCGAGCAGGUUCAGGCCUACCUGGGACCCUUAGUGUCGGCCGCUGCCAAGGUGCUGGGUGACAACAAGCUGGCCAUCCGGCAGGAGUAUAAUCAGCUCUUCUGGCGCUUGAUGAAGGCGGUGGGUCCCCAGCAGGUACUGUGCCUGCUACUGCAGCCAGAGCAUCUACAGCACAAGAACUCCAAAGUCAGGGAGGAGGUGGUGAACAUCUGCAUUGGGUCCCUGCUCACAUACCCUAGUGAGGACUUUGACUUGCCCAAGCUGGCGUUUGGGUUGGCACCAGCCCUGGUGGACAGUAAGCGGCGGGUCCGCCACGCUGCCCUGGAGGCCUUUGCGGUGUUGGCCUCUUCCAUGGGCUCAGGCAAAACCAGUCUCCUCUUUAAGGCUGUGGAUGCUGUGGAAUUGCAGGACAAUGGGGAUGGAGUGAUGCACGCUGUACAGGCCAGGCUGGCCAGGAAAACCUUGCCUAAGCUAACAGACCAGGGGUUUGUGGAGUAUGCUGUGCCCAUGCCAUCCUCUGCCCAUGGCAGGGGGGUCCAUCUGCCCUAUGGAGCAGACACAGAUUGGUUGCUGGCAGGCAACAGGACUCAGAGUGCACACAGUUACUGCGGGGAUCACACAAGGGAUGCUACACAAAACUAUGGCUCUCAUAGCCCCUAUACUGAUCAAGGGAUAUGUCCCAGAAGGGUUUUAAGUGCAGGUAAAGGAAAAAACAAACUGCCUUGGGAAAAUGAGCGAGCUGGAGGCACAGGAGGCUGUUCAGGAAACCAGACAUCUUUUACAAAGGGCGUAGAGCAGUUCUGUCCAUACAAUGAUUUCCUUCAUUCUCCAAAAUUAAGAUCUUCUCAAGGAAUGCCAGUCAGUGGUGAUUUAUUUUUUAGCAGAAAAAAAGCUUCAAGGAAUUUAUUUCAGAAUAGUUUAGAUCUUAACUCUGAGCAUUCUGCUGUUUGUCCUGGUGGUGUGGGCUCUCAUCAACCACAUAUUUCAGGGAAAUGUGGACCACUUGGAUACUCUCAGAUACGUGGAAAGAGUGGUAGUGUGGGUUCUGAUUUACAACUUUUAGGAUUAAAUAACCAUCGGCAAGAUAAAGUUUGUGCCAGCCUAAAUUUUACCAAGACCCAACGAACUUUUUGCAGUCCAGCAGAGCGUACUUUGUCCUUUCCAAGUUCUAACACAAGCCAAGGGGCCUUCAUUCUUCCAUCUUAUCCACUCUCAUCACCUAGAAACAGUCCAAAGCACACCUCCCCUCCUGCUGAAUCUCCAAAGAAGUCUCAAGAUCAUGCUGUUAGCUUUUCAAAUUCCUGGCCUCUUAAGAGCUUUGAAGGGUUUCCCAAGCCAAGUCCUCAGAAGAUGCUUCUCAAUCAAAAGUCAGGAGACAAUGCAGGGGAAAAUUCACAGGAGAAGCAUUCUCCAAUUCAGCUUAAACCAGCCUUGGUGAGAUCGCCAGCUUCACGGAGAGGAUUGAAUGGGACCAAACCUGUCCCCCCAAUACCAAGGGGGGCAAGCCCGUUGCCUGAUAAAUCUGAAUUAAACACAGCGGGACAGAAAAAUGAAGUGUCUGAUGAUAUUUGGAAGAGUGAAAAAGACAAGAAACUUGCAGUUGAUCUUUCAGAAUUAAAUGUCCAUGAUAAGGAGUCAGACCAGGAAGAGAUGCAGAGUUCACUUAGGUCUCUCCGUAAUAGUGCAGCUAAGAAGAGGGCAAAACUGAGUGGCAGCACUUCAGAUCUCGAGAGCCCCGAUUCGGCGCUUAAACUUGAUCUGACUAUGGAUUUCCCUUCCCGCACUUCCUCUCCAAAUGUGAGCUCUUACAGUGAAAGUGGAGUUUACAGUCAGGAAUCUUUGACUUCGCCAGUGUCCACAACCCCUCAGGGAAAGAUAACCAGUUCAGAAAUCUUUCCUCUACUUGGAUGCAAAUCACGUCCAGCAAGACUGUCUUCAGCAAGGAAUAGAAGUACUAAUGUAGAACAGAACUCCAGUACAGGGAUAACAUUUCAUGAUAAAGCAACCUCUAAUGUGAGCAUAAUUGGCCAACGUCUGAACUAUGGAAAUGGAUCUGGUGAUUAUGAAGAUGACAAGCAGAGAGAAGUAUCACCUUGUGUUUUUAAAGGUCAGAACAAAGAGCAUCAAAGGCAUUGUAAACCUACAAAAGGAUUUACAGGGUCAACUUCUAGUUUACAGCAAAUUAACAACCUAGACUUCAUUUCACCGAGUGCCCUGUCUGAAGAUUCUGUAGUAAUUGUUGGAAAAGGUGUUUUUGGAAGCCCCCCAUCUGCUUCAUUAACAUACAGCCAGUCCAUGAUAUCGUGUGUGGAGAACGGAGAUGUCCUUUCUCUCAAACAAGGCGUUGAGCCUCUCUCAGGGAUCUAUGGGAGAGCUGUCCAGCAGAACAGUGCACCUUUCCUUGAUACUGAACAUGAGAAAGAUAUGAAAGUUGCCAUGUCAAAAUCUGCCCGGGAUAAGAUGAGGCAGAAGAAGAAAGAAGAAAAAGAACAGAGUCAUAAAGAACAUCCGGAAGUCAAUGAUGUUGAAAAAAAGGAACAAAAUCCCUGGGAACGACUUAAACAUAGUGAACCAGAGAAAAUGGCAACAGAAAGUCCAAGUUUUUAUGGAGAUGUGUUAAUAACAUCCAAGAAUGAGUCUUUAUCUUUAGAAGAUGUUGCCUUCAGUACUUCACUAAAAAGAACAUCCAGUUUAAAGAAGACACAGUCUUCAGUCUUGCUAGAUUCAGAUGAAACAUCUGGACUGCGAGGGCAGCAUAAGGAUCGGACCCCAUCAGUCACACAUAGUCCAGAGAUAAUGGAUCCGUCAGAGUUGCGACCCUUUUCAAAACCUGAAACAGCACUGACAGAAGCAUUGCGACUUUUAGCUGAUGAUGACUGGGAGAAGAAGAUCGAAGGACUGAACUUUGUUCGAUGUUUGUCUGCCUACCAUGCUGAUGUGUUGACUGGAAAGCUGCAUGAAACAAGUCUGGCUGUAGUUCAAGAGGUGAAGAAUUUACGCUCAGGCGUUUCCCGAGCUGCUGUAGUCUGUUUAGGGGAUUUGUUCACCUACCUGAAAAAGAGCAUGGAUCAAGAACUAGACAGUACUGUAAAAGUCCUAUUGCACAAAGCCGGGGAAUCCAACACCUUUAUAAGGGAAGACGUAGACAAAGCAUUGAAGGCUAUGGUUAAUAAUGUGACUCCAGCACGUGCACUUUGUUCUCUUAUAAAUGGAGGUCAAAGUCAUUUGCACACUGCAGUGAGAAGAUGCACAGCCCAGCACUUAUCAGAUGUGGUGGAACGAAUGGGACCGGGACGGAUAUUAUCUGGAAUUAAGGAUGUUACUGACAGGAUUUUACCUGCCGUAGCCAAGUUUGCGCAGGAUGGCUCACAAGAAACAAGGUACUAUGGUCGAAAGAUGCUCUUCAGUAUGAUGACUCACCCAGACUUUGACAAAAUGCUUGAAAAGUAUGUGCCGUCUAAGGAUUUACCUUACAUUAAGGAGUCUGUCACCAGUCUACGUCAAAAGGGCCUAGGAGAGAUGCCUCUAGACACACCGUCAGCCAAAGGAAGACGUUCUCAUACUGGCAGCAUUGGACAUUCAAGGUCAUCAUCCAUUUCGAGAGAUGCUCUCAAUAUCACUGAAAGAGAGAUUACAGAAGCACGUGAAAUUACAAGAAAACCAGUUGCUCGUAAUUCACUAGAAAGUGCAGAAUAUGUUAAGGUCAUUACAAGCUUACUGAAUGCAAAAGACUUCCGGGACAGAAUUAAUGGAAUUAAACAACUGUUAUCAGACACAGAGAACAAUCAAGACCUUGUUGUUGCGAACAUUGUGAAGAUCUUUGACGCUUUCAAGUCUCGCUUACAUGACUCCAACAGCAAAGUAAAUCAGGUAGCUCUAGAGACAAUGUACAAGAUGAUUCCUUUGCUGAAAGAUAACUUAUCACCUGUUAUCAACAUGUUGAUUCCAGCCAUGGUAGACAACAACCUGAACUCCAAGAAUCCAGGGAUCUAUGCUGCUGCCACAAAUGUUAUUCAAGCUCUUUGUCAACAUUUAGAUAAUUACUUGCUUCUCCAACCAUUCUGCACAAAGGCCCAGUUUUUGAAUGGAAAAGCAAAACAAGACAUGACUGAAAAGCUUGCUGAUCUUGUUAUGGAGCUGUACCCACGGAAGCCUCAUGCUAUAGAGCAGAAAGUUUUAGUUGUCCUGUGGCAUCUCUUAGGAAACAUGACAAACAGUGGCUCGCUGCCUGGAGCUGGAGGAAAUAUUCGGACAGCUACAGCUAAAUUAUCAAAAGCACUUUUUGCACAAAUGGGUCAAAGCCUGUUAAUCCAGGCUGCAUCUCAACCACCACACAUUAAAAAGAAUUUAGAAGAAUUUCUUGAUAUAGCUACCUAAAAUAAACGGUGUGUGUGUAGAUCAAUCAAUACAUACACUAUACGACAGACUGAUAACUGUUUACAUGAAGACAAGUCAAACAAUUCUAAAGUUGCUUUUUCACAGUGCCUGCACUUUCAUGUAGAAAACUAGAAUGGCUGCCUUUAUUGACAACCUGUAGAGCACCUCACUGUCCUGUACCAGCACAUGUACACCAAAUCAGUAUAACACUCACAAACUGUCCUCACCAGUGUUGCUUGCAGGCCACAUGGAAGUAUCUAAGGUCUUUAAAGAGAAGUCAGUCCUGCUCAUUUGCACUCUUCUUUAGAAAUUACAGCACAGUACCCUGUAUGUAAUAAUAGAUAUGAAAUUUGUAAUGAAUAAUAUACUUUUUAUUAUGUAAUCAUGUUCUGACAUGUUUUCUCACUUAGCCUUACUUAUGUAAGUGGAAAAAAUCCUUGAGUGAUGUAUAUGGUACCAAGAACAGGGGUUUGCGUGACAUUUGUGAAAAAUAUGUAUUUCUUAAAUCAGUCCACUUAUGAUUGUGCAGUAUUAGCUUGCUAUUGCUCCUGUUACAUUGAUGUAACAUUCGUUUGACAGUUGGGCAUAAUCAGCUGCACAGAUGUAAAAUUUUAACAGGUUAUAAUGAAGCAUGAUGACAAAAAAUUUAGGAAAUGAAUAAUUUUUACAGAUUUUGAAAUACACAUUUAUCUUAUAAAAAAAAAAAAAAUUCCAGGUGGUGAAUGUAACUUCUGUAGUUUUGUUUAAAAACACUAAAUUUAAUCUUUAUCUGUCAAAUAUUUAUAAAGGUGUUAUCUCUCAGCCCAGGUGUGUAAUUCUCAACAACAUAGUGCCAGGUCUUCAAUAGCUUUUUUCAGAGUUCUCCGGCUACAAGUACUGUACUCAUUUUAAAAAGAAAAAGGAAUGUUAUAAAAAAUAAAUGGAUUUAUUUCUGUAAAAUUG